GUGUUCCCUUUUAUACAGGCAGCCGCAACUCCGUUGCUUUCAAACUACUAACCUGAAAUCAGUUGCUCUUCUGUCAAUUAAUUAGACUUUACUGAGACCUGGAGUCAUCUUUAGACUGCUAUUUUCAGAUACUAAAACUGCCCCUUAUGUAGGCUGUUUGAUUACCAAGGACAGUGAUCCUAUUUGCUGCGUAGAGUGCCACUCGGUGUGAAGGAACCUCCCACCCUGCAUUGCAUAUAGUCUCCAGUCUGGGUGUAGACGCUGAGGCAAGACCCUGCAGUACUCUCUCUUUCUAUCAGCUUCACUUGACUCUCUUUAUCUGCAAAGAUGGUGAAAGGUAUGAUCAUCAAGGAUAUGUCCUUCAAAGUCGGACAAACCCUGACUAUCGUUGGAGUAGCAAAACCUGAUGCUACAAACUUCGCAGUCAAUAUUGGCCCUGAUGAGCAGGACAUCACGAUGCACAUCAACGCUCGUUUUGACGCCCACGGAGACGAGAAUGUAGUCGUCUGCAACUCCUACGAAGGAGGCAACUGGUGUGAGGAGGUCCGUGAGGGAGGCUUUCCUUUCCAGAAAGGAGAACAGUUCAAGAUCAUCAUUGAAUUCACUCCCGCUGAGUUUGUCGUGACCUUAUCAGAUGGCUCUGCGAUCCACUUUGCCAACCGCAUGGGUGCAGAGAAGUACUCAGUCAUCAGCUUUGAAGGAGAGGCUCGCAUCCAGAGCGUCGAAAUCAAGUAAACCUCCAUGUAUCCAGUAUCCGAACUGGGAGUUAGAUACCACAUGUGCCGCUUGCUUUCAAAAUUCUCCAAACAUUUAUAUCCAGAUUUUGAUAUUUAGCAAAUUCGUGACCAGGUUUAGGCUUGUUUAGAUUAGAUGCAUUCACACAUAAAAAUAAAGGUGGAUAGAUAGCACCCGUAUAGAGUAAGAAUCCUCUGAUAUGCAGAAAAAAAUAUGCAUACAAUGAGUUUUGUGCCUGGAACAACUUUUGUUUUUGCAAAUUUAACAACUGACCAAAGACCUACAUAACAUUGUUAUGUUUUAUAAUGUUAUUAGGGUUUUGAGUUUGUCAAAUUGUCCAAACAUAAUUACACACACAUGCACACUUGUUUUUGUUUAUGGAUCUACCAUUUUUCUUUGACAUUCCACUGGAAUUCCACUGUUUACCUGUAACAACAUCUGUUAAAAAUGAUCAAUAUAAAUCAGCACUUCAGACAUGUCAAAAGUUGUUUUUUUUUCCUUGCCCAAUAAAAUCUCAGUAUUUUUGAAAAAACAGUAGGUUGCUUCUUCUCAAUAUAUUUUGCAGAACUUUUUACACUCUUUGUUUUCAGGAGAGGUGGCUAGUGUAGCAAUUUAGAGAAGAAGUACUUCAACAUAUGUUUACGUACAUAAAAUUAAAAGCAGCGUAAGAUGAAAAAAAAUAUUUUCCAAAAAUAACUACUCAAGUACAGUAUAAGUACUCAUAUACAUCUGACAAGCUUAAUAUGUGAAAUUUUUGUCGCUUGGCAGACAACAAUAUAAAGGUAUGUACAAAAUCUGAUUUAGAUGGAAAAAAAAUAUAAAUAAACACAAUAAUUACAAACCAAAAAAUUAUAGCUUUUCCUAAUCUAUCUUUUUUCUGUAAAAACAAAACCUGAAUUUGUAUGUUAGAACAAGGUAAGGUAUUUCCAGUGACAGUGUAUAUGGUUCAGGGUAUAUAAAAAUCAUUUUUAUCAAC